UAAAUGACGUAUUCUACUGUAUAAUUGCUCUUUUUGGUAGCCUCAGAGCAUAGCAAAGCUGGAAUUUCUCUCUUAUUUCCGCUUGUUGCUUUCGCUUAUGUUAUGUUCUAACCCGCCAGUAUCUGUCUGCUUGUGAUUUUGCUACACAUAUGCUUAUGUUCUACUGAUAAUCUGCAAAAAAAUCCUGGAAAAGAUUUGCCAAAUACAUCAUGCGAAAGCCGGUUAUACGGUCGACCAAAACCUCCAUGCUUGUCCCUUUACCUAGAACUGCACACCAGAACGUGUUGGGAAUCAGGUGACAGGAACAUACAUCUACAUUUCUGGCGAGAACUUCAACAGCUUGGUUAGAACUUGGCCCUAUGGUUUCAACACUCAACACCCGCGCAUGCCUGUCAACAUGGAAUAAAAAAAGAAUUAAAUUCAAUGACUGAUGUUUCCCUAAUAUAUAAUGGCAAAGGAUACGAUAUCGAAAAAUGGUAAACAAUGGGAAUGAAGUUUACGUGGGUGACACAUGGAUGGGAUUACGUCACGGGAAGGGUCGUUUGAUAUCACCUAAUGACGAGGUUUAUGAAGGUUACUGGUACUACGGCUUGAAGCACGGACCAGGGCGGUUAACGUUCUCUGACGGUAGCGUUUACAUUGGAUACUUUUUCUGUGAUGGGCAAGAAGGGUAUGGUACGAAGACUUUCCCCAAUGGAGAAGUCUAUCAGGGUCUGUUCCGCCAGAAUCAAUCGUACGGCAUCGGAGUUUUGUCUUAUCCCGACAACCGACAGGAUGUGGGUCUUUUCCAAGGCAAUCAUUUGUUGCAAUUAAUGAAUCCAGUAUCCGAAGCGUACCGUGUGCCAUACCUUACUGAAAUUAUGGCCAACUGUCCGUUCGUCGUUCCGUUAACCUGGAAUCCACGAGAGCAGUUGCUCCAAAGCACAAAUGCGGCUACUGGUGAUCAGUUAGCAGCAGUCUGGAAUGUCCUGAUGGCCGACAAGCAGUUUCAGCUUACCGCUGUGCCACUUGGAGAAGUGGCGUUAGUAGAAUUCCGGGAAAUCAUGGACUUGGAAUUUGCGAAACAUCUAAAAUACAGCACGAUGCGCAAGGAUAUUCCAGAAACAGAAACAUUUGCAAACAACAGCGAUAUCUUAAUGGAGAUGCACAAGUUUAUCACAAAAAUGCACCCGUUGUGUGGUAAAAUGGAAUACGAUGUUGAUUUGGUGAAUUCCGUGGACAGGAUAGCACACUUUGCAGCACCCGGGCGAAAAGAAACUGAAGCAAUAUCUUUCGUAACUGCAGCAGCACAUGGUAAUAUGAGGCUCGUGCAAGAUCUGCUGUUUCUAACUGGUGUGAAUGUGGACGUCUGCGACGGGCAAGGGUUAACAGCAUUGAUGGCCGCUUCGCUGAACGGACGAACUGUCAUUGCCGAGACAUUAUUGAAUUUCGGAGCGGACCUUAGUCGCGUGACAAACCAUGGAUACAACGUCAUGGAACUAUGCUGUUAUAUGUAUCAUAUUUUUGUCGAAAAGUAUAAUCAGUGGAGAGGAAAGGACCCUGAAAUUCCAACUCUGCUUAACAAUUCCCUCGAAGGGUCGCUGAUUUUCGACGCAUCAGCAUCGCUAUCGAAGCUCGCUUCAGUUGUGCCGCAGAGAUUAUCGACACCAAAUCCGGCGACGAACCAGUCUGAUAAACCAAAAUCUUCCAGUGCAGGUGGAAAGGCUCAUACUAAAAGGCAGGGGCCAGAUCCAGAAAUGCGACUAGACGUGGAUCAGAAGGGAUCUUUCAAAACUGAUCAAACAUUUAAAAAAGUCCCGGUUGAUGUACAGAAUCAACAGUUCGUCUCCGUUGGCCUUCAGAUGCAAAGCCACCGGUCGUUGUUAACUGACGAUGACCUUUACCAUAAGCCAGAAUUUGAGAAGCCCCUAUUUCUAGUUUGGUUAAGGGAGUGGCAGCAUCGCAUAAAGGAUGUUAUAAUGGCUCUCAUUGGCCACGGAGCCAACUGGAAAAAAUGUAUAUGGCCGCUGCCGAUGUUGUAUGUGGCUAUCCGGGCGUCAGACGGCGAUCUAGUAAAGUUGUUGCUUGAACAGGGAAGCGAUUCCAACGAACUAUUAACGCGACAGAACAUUGCCGUCACGCCACUGAUGGUAGCUUGUUCGGUUCCUGGCAAAAGUGCACCAGACGUGGUGGAUCUUUUACUUGAAAAUAGUGCGAAUCCCAAUGCCAUCGAAACUGAUACGCGGCCACCCCCAACAGGAAAGGAAAAGGUCAAAGUGGCACCAUUUGCCGGUAGAUACGUUAUGCACAUCGCUUGUCAGCGGGAACCAAAUGAACUGGUUGCAGUUCAUAUUCUGAAUUCCUUAAUUAAACAUGGAGCUCGCGUGGACGUCACUUGGAAUCGCCUAACACCGCUAGCAAUGUCCAUUCAACAAGGAAGCAUAAAGAUGGUUGAAACGUUGUUGGCCGCGGGAAGCGACGAAAAUCAAGAUCUAACAGGAGGCUUGGGGAACGCUUUAUGUGUAGCAGCAACACUAGCAACAGCUGACGUAUUUUUACGUACUAACAAGGAAGUGGGCAUUCUGCAGCGACUGGUCGAGGUGCUCUUACAGCAUAAUGCUGAUUUCACGGUGAAAAUUGCGCUGACCUCCACUUCGGGAAACAGUGCCCCGCCUUUGGGCUCACCCUUGGACUACGCCAAGCAGGUUUAUGGCAAGCAAACAUUAGGCGCCAACAUGAACCCACAACUGAAGAAUAUACUGGAAAAUUUUCGCAGCUUCAUUUUAGACGCUUACAAAGAUGCUACUCAAAGGUCUGUCCUCCGUCUUCGAAAAAUCAGUCUUGCAGGAGCAAUUUAUCCUGAAAUCGUACCAUUACUGCGACAGCAGCCGCAAUUGAUUGAUGCAUCAGAUCCCUUGAUCGAAGCCAGUCUUUACGAAAACGCCGAAAUCCGACCCCUGUUGAAAGUUCUUCCGGGUCUUCGUGCCAAAAUUAACCAAAUUAGCCGCGCCGAAGAUACUGUCAAGGAUGGAAAGGUUGUGAGACCAACGCUAACCGUUAUGCGAAAUCCUCUUCGUCCUGAUUCCGACGAGGAAGCGGAAAGUGGAUCGUAUAUUCCUUCUCCAGAGUCCGUUGAUGGCAGUUUGGAUAACGAAAGCUUCGUUACGGAGGACGAGUUGGUUAUCACCCACCGGUCAGUACUGGGCGUUGGGGGACUGAAUGUUGUGGAGGUAUCGCAAAAGCAAAAGGGAAAGAAAGGAAAGUUAGGCAAGCCCAUUACGGAUCCGGAUCAUGUGGGUCUCCUGGUGCCGGCUGUGCAUAUCAUUGACGAAAACGGCGACGAUAUCCCAAUUGAUCAUACCGCUUUGGAAUACGAAUACUGCAGCUGCUGCGGUGAAUCGUCGCUACCUAAUCGGGCCCUUUUCCCUUGUCCCAAUUGCGAGAAAAUCUUUUACUGCUCCCAGAAAUGCCUGGAUGCGCACUGGCCUGCCCAUCAAGCAAACUGUUUAGAGAUAUCCAAACGAAAGCACCACGUUGACCUUUAUCAUAAAAAAAUUCGUGCCAGGAAGCGCCGUAGACGACUCACUGGCGAUGACUCAGAAACUGAGUAUACGGCUAUUCCAGAACUCGAUUCGGAAGCAUGCUCCAUUGCGAGUGCUUCGCCAGUGAGCCCACAUAUCAUGAACGACCCGUUCGAAAUGACGAAAUCCGAUAAGACAAAAUGGACAGCACAGGAAAAACUAAAAUAUCACCAACACAGUCCGAAAGGUCAUGGCAAAUUAAAACCAGGAAAUAAAGGCGUUUCAAAGCCGGGCACUGCAAGCGACAUUCUCAUACCAUCCUUAGGGACUACUUACAGCAGCUCGACCUUAAGUUUCCGCUCUGACAAAAGCGACACUCUGCAUUCACCGAUGGAUAAAACGCAGAACACCGGCGAGGCGUUGGUCACAAAGGUUAAAGGAAAACCUAAAGAUAAAGAAAACAACGGCACACCGAUUUGGAAACAAGCGCAAUCCAAAAGCAGAACAGGCUCAAAGUCACUCAGCCCUUAUUCCGACGAGAAAAGCUUGUAUAAGCCCGUGAACGAAAGUAAGCAACGGAAAGGUUUGAUGACAGAACCUGUAACGCCAAAAAUGGAAACCGCUGUGAAGCAGGCGAAAACCCGCGGGAAGUCUCCGCAUCCGACGCCAGAAAAACAGCUGAUCGCGCACUCCAAACAGAAGCAAGGAAACAACGAAUUUUCAUCAAACGGCCUAAACCGGUCCCUGAAAAUGUCGGAUGAUUUCGAAGCUAUUGCAAAGAAAACUACAAAUAAGCAGAGCAACAACACUAUGGAAGUCAGCGCUUUGAAUCCACAAACCAUCCAGAAUUCCAAAAUUGCAAGACAGAAUUUUGCUGGGUCAAAUGUGAAGAGUUUGCCCGAGAAAUUUGAACAGUUUAAGAAAACUAAGCGCCAGAGCCCGCCUGGCCAGGUGGUUAACAAGAAUGAGAAAGCAGACAAUACGGCCAAGAAAAAACCUGCAAAAAAGAAGGAAGGCGACUCGAUUGCCUUUGCCGGAAACAAGUUGGAACCUGUUGAAAAGAAAAACCAGACUAGUGUGCAAAGUAGGCAGGGAAACGCCAAAAACAAAACACCCAAACUGGAUCAAAAGUACCGGCGCGAAGAACUGUCGUUAGCAGCAAGACUGAAAGGUGGAAAGUCUCCAAAGCCUGAAACAGGCUCAAAAUCUCAACCUUCGAAAGACGCUAAGAAAGCCCCAAAGUAUCCGCCACCAAAAGAACCAGCAGAACAACAAACCCAGCCGCAAAUAAAUCCUAAAAAAGGAAAAAUCCGAAAACAUGCGAAUGAACCGGAGACCAUGAUAAGCGAACAAGAAACCAAAGCAUUGCAGCGAGAUGGAAAAAUAUCGAGGAGGAAACGUCGAGAGAAGAAAACUACGUCAAGUCCACGGUCGGAUUCUCGAGAACCUUCACGCAAAGGCAGAAGAUCUGGACGAAAGCGGAAGAAAAACGCACCGCAAAAGUAUUGGCCGUCCGACACUGAUAUUGUCCCGCCGAAGAAAAACAAACGUCCACUUUCCGCUAAAUCUCCGAAACUGAAUAAAGCGUACAUAUUGCCCUCUACUAUGCGGAAAUCUCUAAUCAAGAUUAAGCGAUUAAGCCAUUCCAAACCGGCAUGGAUACAGCGAGAAGCCCAGUGGAUUAAGGUCAUUCGGGCUAUCAACCAGUUGCGAAUGGACGAAGAUAUGCGGCAGCUGUUUAACGGUUGUUACGAGGCUUUGAUAGAGAAAGGAAUGAAUUUAGCAUCACCGUACGAUAUUGUCGAACUGGCCAAUGGAGAGUUCUACACUGCGGUUGCGCGCCAAAGGAAAGUUACCGUGACCCAGGUCGUCAAUAUCCAUGACAAAAUGCUGGUUAGCGACUUCAAUAAAGCGAACAAUCCGAGCAAAGAAUCUAUGAAAGAAAUUACGGAGACAGUAAAAUCGCAGAUGAUUAUCAUGGUUGACCAACCGGAGACCUACUUUUCAUUCGAAAAGGUCAAUGUAGCAAACUACAGCUUUAGCUGAAACCCUGCCAAAGCCGAAACGGACAAUGUUAACGUGUUUGGAGAGUUUCUUAGUUUGACCUUUCUGCUGGCACUUGUUCGUCAAUGCAGUGCUCAAUAAAAAACGGGUGAAUUUAUUUCUUCAGUUAUUCAGUGUCAGUGAAUUUAUUUAUGCUAGCUCUGUACUCGUAUAGUUUUGUGUUGAUCACAUGUGCACUGUAACGAAAGCCUGCCGAAAACCGGACAGUUCGGCUGUUUUGCCAGCUCUGCGGUUUUCGUUUAAGCAAGAAACUGGAGUACCGGAACCAAAACCAAAACUGGAGAACAAAGCAACACCGAGUAGCGACUGAAGCAAUGGCAAAACCUGUUACAAAGUUUUGCCUGGUCCGAAAAUACACGCUGUUUUCCUCGAGUUGCUCCGGUACAAGGUUAUCGUACAAGCUCCGUGCAGGUAGGUUCUGCAGAUUUGUGUUAGUAAUUUGUGACUACAGACCGGUCUUAAGUUUUUUUCUUUACAAAAUCUUUAUGUGUCGGGUUUAUUAAACAACGCAAAGGCUUACACUGUAAAAAAGCCAUCAGACAUUGGAGCGCUGAUGAUGGCUUUUGGACGUUUACCCAAGUACUUCGCGCUGCGUGUGAAAACGCGCUGAAUGGAAUCGAAAAUCAAAAUGGCUCGCAUAAGUUUGAAUU